UUUGCUUAUAAUCCUCGGUUCUUACUGUUUAACCAUUUCAUUAUAUUAGCGUCUAUAUUUGGCUAAGCAGACAUUACUCUGCAGCUCUGUUCCUGUCCUGAUCAUCUGUUUGCUUGUUCCACAAGAAGCACGAGCUUUUGUCUGCAUUAUCUCUCCAAAUUAGCUUCUUUUUAUAAAAAUCUGAAAUGGGUAAUUGCUUAGAUUCAUCAUCUAAAGUGGAUAACACCCGACAUGCUAAUUCAGGUAUAUACUUCCUCUCAAGCCUUUCAAUUUGCUCUGUUAUAUUUACUUGUAUUGAUGUUCUUAGCAACUCUCUGUUUGAGUUUGACCGAUCAUUUAUUAUAUAUAGCUUCCUUGGCGUCGAACGUUUGGAGCAACACAACCCAUUCCACAGUUCCUUCAGGGAUCAGUAGUUUAGGAUCAUUACCAACGCACCAUAGGACAGAAGGAGAGAUACUUUCAUCUCCAAAUCUAAAGGUUUUCUCUUUCAACGAACUAAAGAACGCAACUAAGAACUUUCGUCCUGAUAGUCUACUAGGAGAAGGAGAUUUUGGUUGCGUAUUCAAAGGAUGGAUUGAUGAAAAAACUCUCACUGCUUCACGACCUGGUUCAGGUAUCGCUGUUGCUAUUAAGAAUCUUAAGCCUGACGGUUUUCAAGGUCGUAAAGAUUGGUUGACUGAAGUAAACAAUCUUGGUCAACUUAGUCACCCGAAUCUUGUAUUACUAAUUGGAUACUGCACCGAAGGCGAAAACCGGUUUCUUGUACAUGAGUUCAUGCCUAGAGGAAGCUUGGAGAGCCAUCUUUUUAGACGUGGUCCGCAGGCACUUACAUGGGAAAUAAGGAUGAAAGUGGCAGUAGGUGCAGCUAAAGGGCUUACUUUUCUUCAAGAAGCAAAGUCACAAGUCAUAUAUGGAGACUUCAGAUCUGCUAAGAUUCUACUCGACGCUGACUACAAUGCCAAGCUUUCGUAUAUCGGUCUGGCGAAUGCAGGUCCUACUCGAGAUGAUGAUACACAUGUAGCUACAGUUUUCAUGGGUGGUCAGGGAUAUGCAGCUCCUGAAUAUAUCUCCACAGGUGAACUGACGGCAAAGAGUGAUGUGUACAGUUUCGGCGUGGUACUGCUGGAACUAAUAUCAGGACGACGUGCCAUGGACUACUAUUCAAAUAAUGGAGUCAGAUGUAGUCUUGUGGACUGGGCUAAACCGUACCUUGGCAAUAAGCGGAAACUUUUUAGCAUAAUGGACACGAAACUAGGCGGGCAAUAUCCACAGAAGGGAGCUUACACAGUUGCUACCCUCGCUUUGCUGUGCUUAAACCCCGAGGCAAAGGUCAGGCCUAAAAUGUCAGCGGUUUUAGUCACAUUAGAAAAGCUAGAAUCCGCUGCUAAACCUGGAACAAAGUACACUGAAACGGAAUCUCUAUGAGCUCGUCUUUCCUCUGCUAUACAGAAUCUCCUGUAAGAUAUAGUCAACUCAAGAUCGACUUCUGCUGUCAUAACUCCUUGUGCAUUCCCUUUUUGCCUUCUUAGAGUAAAUAAUAAACAUUUUCGAAUUUUGAAUAGAAGGGAAUCCCACUGGUUAUCGAUCGUAUCGUGACUCAGACAUUAUAUAUAUGGACUAUUGUAAAAUCUCCAUCAAAUUUAUCAUCAAGAAAAAUUAGCCAUCACAGUUUCAACAAAGAAGACCAUAAUGGGUUGAAAAGGGAAUAAACAACAAACAAAACCAAGAAACUCCUGGUUUUCAUAUGUCAACAAAAUAAAAAUAAAAUCUUCGUUUUGUUUAUUCCAUAACUCCUUUUUUUAUAUUUUAAAUUCAAGUUUUAUAAAAUCGACCUAAAAUAGAGGUAAAAGUUUCAAUUACAAAUCUGAUUCUAGAGUGUUUGAGAGUUUCAUAUUUUUUUUUUUUUUUUGAAGAAUGUUAAAUUUAUUCACUAAAAAAAAGAGAGUUUCAUAGUUAUAAAAAAUAAUAUAAAUCUCAUGAUUUUAUAUAAGAUUCUAGAAUAGUUGAACAAAUCAUAUCAAAUUUAUGUAAAUUCAUCUAAAGCUCAUUAAAAAUCAAAUGAUUCCAAACACUUGGUUGAAUAAAUACCCUAAGCUAUUGAGUAAUUUAAUUCUUGUAUACUAUGAAUGCUAGUAAAAUUAAU